CCGGUAUCGAUGGAUUCGUCCAGAUACACGGCAUUGUCAAGUUGCGGAUGGUCUUCCAUUCAGGUUCGACUGAGCGCGUGGUCUCCUGCCUCCCAGACGUUACGAUAGCGAAGGAUGACUUCAACCCGAUAAGACCACGAACGCGGAUGGAACGCUCGCUUGGAGGUACAACACUCAUCCAGGACGCUACAUAUCCGAAUCGUCCUCCACCAUGCUUUCCCAAUGGGUCAGUCUCCGAUGGACGUUCCGCAACAAGAAAAAGACCGUGCUGCCCACGGAGGUAUGCGAGCAGAUCAUCGAUCUCAUAUAUUGCGACUCGCCGGUUCCGAUGGACCAGGAGACCGCCCGUGCGUUGAAGUCUUGCCAGCUCGUCUGCAAAGCGUGGUCCUACCGGAGCCGACACUACUUGCUACAUACAAUCAUCGUCCGGGACGAGGCUGAGCUCCAGGCCAUUUCCAGGGCGCUCUCGAGAAGUCGCGACCGCGCCGCUCGCGUUAGACAGCUCAUUCUUGCGGUCAACCGACAGUCGGGGGUGCCGCUGGUCAGGGUCUUCUCGCUCACGCUGGUUCGACGGCUGCCCAAUGUCAAGCAUCUCUGUUUGCGGGGCAUGGCGUCCCGCGACGGGCUACCGCGUCUUUCGUCCCAGAUCCAUCUCAAAGCGCUCACCAUGCUCUCCUACUUCACCUCAUUGAGCAGCCUAACCCUCCAAGACGUCACCUUCCCUUCCAUCACCAUACUCAUUCGCAUCUGUGCAGCCCUACACGCGUUGAAGACCCUUGAGUGCCAGGAGAUCCAUUUUGUCGAUUGGUGCAACGUGUAUAUCCCUACCCGCCCUGCGUCUGUGUCUACGCUGGUCAUCCGGCGCCAGCAGAAGCGUAUUGGACACCUUCUCGCUGCUCUCGGGAACCUGACAACACUCGUAUGCGACGGAGGACACGAACUCGAACACGACUACGCAGACGUCGUCAGACCGCCCGCCCCUCUUCGGCUACAUAGCCUUCUUCUGCGGGGCAUCUUGCUCUCUCCCGCGCUGGUGAACAUGAUGACCGCCAUGAUCGAGUUUGACCACUUGCGCACCCUCAUGCUCGACGCGCACAUGCGAGAGCUCACUGUCGUCCAGACGCUGUGCGAUGCAGCAGGCCGCAGCCUUCGACAUCUUGCCGUGAACGUCGAUCUCGGAACUUGGCAAGAGUAUGAAGGCCCGUUCCCCGCCUUCGAAGCGAACGAGAUGUUGCAGACGCUCAGGAUUGCGUGUCGUCCUCGCGAGCUUUUGGUCACUAUGAUCUCCCAUCUCUGCAUACCCUCCCUUGAACAACUUACGAUAUGCAUCUCGUCCCAACACGCCAUGGAUCUCGGCUUCGACGAGCUCGACCUGCCUUCUCUGGAUGAAGUUGUUUCUUGCGCGAAGUUCGCACCGAAGCGUGUCGUCUUCGAGCUAGGAUACAGCAUCGCCGAAACUGAGCUUCAGGAACUGGAGACGGAACUUUGUGCUUACAUGCCGAACGCAGGUGGCCGAGGUGCGGUACGGGUUAGACAAGCUGCUAUUGGUCUGGCAUGGUGGGAGAGGGUUGGACAGCUUGUUGAGUAGCCGUGAGGGUGCUUGAUUUGCGUAAGUUGCGCUGAAAUCGGUUCUUCAAUGAAUAUGAGCGGCAUUCAUUUCGCCUUUCUACAUGGACAUCGUCAUAGCGAUUUCUACGCUGUACAUCAUUGCACGACGUUCUGUUGGAUUUGUUAGGGACGGACACUUUUGAGCAUUGUCGUGGAUGGUACUGUUGGAUCGGCGCGACAUGUAUUGACUUCAGUAAAGAAAGGAGACAUGCCUGGGGUCAACGUAGGAGAAGCAAUGUGCC